CACAUUCACACACACUGAGCUCACACACAUUAACACACACACAGUAACACACGGUCAGGAGUUUCGGACACUUCGAUCCGGUCACAACUCGAAUGGCUGCGUUCAUCAGUCGGACUGUAGAUCGAGUUCUGAGAGGAUUUAACUCAAAUUCACCUGAAUAACAGCGAGCAGAACCUUCAGCAGAACCGAGCCCGGGUUUCAGGAGAGCUGAUAAAAGAUGACUUCAUCACUCCUUCAACCCUCCAUAAGGAAUCUUUCUUCCACGUUCAACUCAUCGCUACCAGCGGAUCCUGUGGAUGUAUAUAACAGCUGCCGCUUCGAUGAGGAGUUUAAAUACAUCCUGCUGCCCGUGUCGUACUCGCUGGUGUUCAUACUGGGCUUGGCUCUUAACUCUGUGGCUCUGUGGAUGUUCUUGACUAAGAUGCGUCCUUGGAACACCAGCACGGUGUACAUGUUCCACUUGGCGCUGUCGGACACGCUGUACGUACUCUCUCUGCCAACUCUCAUUUACUACUACGCCAAUCGCAGCCACUGGCCGUUCGGCGUGGCCUUGUGCAAGAUAGUGCGCUUUCUGUUCUACGCCAACCUGUACUGCAGCAUCCUCUUCCUCACCUGCAUUAGCGUGCAUCGCUACCUCGGCAUCUGCCACCCCAUUCGCUCGCUGACGCUGGUGAAGCCACGGCAUGCUCACAUGGUGUGUGCACUGGUGUGGGCCACCGUCACGGCCUGCCUGAUACCCAACCUCGUCUUCGUGACCACCACGCAGAGGGACAACAUCACCAUAUGCCACGACACCAGCAGUCCAGACGAAUUUCUUAACUACGUCAAUUACUGCUCAGUCGUGAUGGUGCUGCUCUUCGGCGUGCCCUUCCUGGUCAUCGUGGUGUGCUACUGCCAGAUGGCGCGGGCGCUCUGUCGUCCCAGGCAGGGCCUGUCAGCCGGCCAGGCGGGCAACUCCUCCCGAAGGAAGUCCAUCAAGCUUGUAAUCAUAGUUCUGACUGUGUUCGCCAUCAGUUUCGUCCCGUUUCACAUCACGCGCACCCUCUACUACACGUAUCGUGUUCUGGAGGCUGACUGUUGGUUCCUCAACAUCGUCAAUUUCACUUACAAAAUCACCCGGCCGCUAGCCAGCUCCAACAGCUGCCUGGACCCCAUCCUGUACUUCCUGGCGGGGGAUCACUACCGCUCCAGACUCCUCAGAGCGUUCAGGAGGAAACCGGCAGUUGGACGAUCUGCCGAAUAUUUGCAAUCCCCUGCUGCCAAAAAGAACAACCUCGCCCUGGUGUAUAAAGCCGACAAUCAAGGCAGCAGUGAGUCUGACCCCUAGGGGCGGGAGAGGAAAUUGUACUAAGAUUGUUUUUUAUUAUAAUAAUAAAUAAACGUACUUUAUUAUAAUAAUACAAGUACAGCAAACUUUGACUGAGAUAAACAUUAGAGGACCUUCACCGUGUAGGCCCACAGACUGUUCUGUACAGCAAUUAUAAUACUUCAGAGACUCCAGAGACUCCAUAUGUUCAACAUCAAGAAAAUGUACUGUAUCUUCCAAAGCCAAGCACAUCAAACCCCAAAAAAGCCAGGAUGUAAACAGUCAGGGUUGCAUGAAAGAGAAGCAGUUCUUUGUGAAUGUGAUGAGGUUUAAACUUCCUGUCUGCACUCCAAAUGAAUGUUCCAGCCCAGAAUGUUCUGCAUAAUGUAAUGGUUUAAACAUGAACAAAGUCAUUCUGAAGAAAUUCAAGAGAAUUAUUCAAUUAUGAGCGGAGCUUUAGAAAAUAUCUUUAUGAACUUUAUACAUACAACUUUUCUUAUGUCUGAGACAUUAUUUUUGUGGUAGUUUUAAGGUAAAGUAUAUAUUUUUUAAUCCAAUUUUGACAAAGUUAUAUAUUGGGCAGGGCAAUGUAUAUUUCAGGGCAUUUGUUGUCAAUGUGUUGCCGUCCUAACUAUGUAAAUAUGUAUAUAUUAUGGUUUACCAUUAUUUUACCAUUAUCAUAUAAUGAUACAAUGAUUGCCAUUAUUAACAAACAGUACUAUAGUAAUUGUAUUGGAUCACUGGUCAUUUUGGACAGUAAAUCAGAUUAUGUCUGUGGACAUAUUGAUGCAAACACAUAGAUUUGGUUCCUAAAAGCACUGUAACUAUAAAUAUUAACAAUUUCACACCAAACCACUCUGAAUUGUGCUCAGUGUUAAAUACAGAAACAGUAUCAUCUUUGUGCUCACUUCGUCUGAUUUGUACAAAUUCUCUGAAAAGUUUACAGAUAAGUAUGAAAUAAAGCAAUACCUGGACAAAAUAAUCAAUAGUUUAAAGAGCCACUAAAUCCUAAAACAUAUGUUUUUCAUGAAUAUCUGAAAUGUGUCCUGCUUAAUUUUUUUUAUUAACAUUUAACCUUACCUUUAAAAAAGCGCUUUUAUUGUGGUUAUUUCUGCCUCUGCAGCGCCUACUCAGGUUCAACUGUACUGUAAGUGAGUAUGAUGUGUUCAUGUACUUUGGUUCGCAGACACAUCAUCACAAUAUGCAGAUCAGACAAUUAGUAAUAACUCCCCCUUGUGAUGUCCAAUCAUCUAUCUCAGUCUGUCAGUCUCUCCGCUAUCAGAGGCACACUGCUGCUGCAGCAGCUCAGCCAAUCAGCUCUCCCUCUUGCCCUGCCUCUAAACCCAUACAUCACCCAGUACCCCUCCCAAGCUGCCCCUCCCAUUUUUUUUAGCCUUUUUCAAUUUCAUUUGAACUGUGGAAGGUGGAGUCAGCCAGAAUCAUGGAGUUUAGUGCCCCUUUAAGGGAAACAUUACCAUUGCCAUAUCACCAGGACAAAGAAAUGUCAAAAAGUUGAGUAAAAGGUUGCUGGACGCCCUUUUAAAUUAGAAACAAACUAUGCUGGCUUUUAAGAUGGUGGCCAUGUUCUGGAUAUAACCAAAAAGAUAGGCUCCCUCAUCCAUUACUUGCUUGGGUAUUUAGAUGGGUCAUUCUCCCGUUUGUUUUGUCAUGAGUCCAAAAACGAAUGGGUUCUAUUUGAAGCUUGAGCAAAAUCAUUCAUUAUUCUACUUUUUAAAAUAAAAAGUUCAUUUCUAUGUUUAAUUUGAGUUUUUAGCUGAUGAUCUCCAUUCAACCCUAUUCAUUUUGGACUCGCUAGCGGACUCCCGGUUUGCAGUCAUUUUUUGAUAUAACAGGCGAGAUAAGAAGUAGAUAGGCUCUCCAUAAACCAGCUCUAUUAGCACGUCCUUCACUGUAAGCUUAUUAAAAACCUCAGUUUACAUCCCAUAAUUACUUUCAGCUCCGAGCGCCGCCAUCACUGAACUGAAAAUAACAUAGACGUAUAUAGACAUAGACUCGGCAUAGCCUGCCUUGUUGAGCCGGCUGUUAUAUAGAUGUACGGAAUCUAUGUAUAUAAAUAUAUGUCUAUGUUAUUUUCAGUUCAGUGAUGGUGACAUUUGGAGCUGAAGCUCACGUUAUGGGAUGUAAACUGUGUUUUUUUAAUAAGCUUCUUGUACAAUUUUUAAGUUAUUAAAGCCUCGUUUUAAAUGUCAGGACUCUCCGGAUUCUAGCAAGGAGGUGUGGAGCUACUUUGAGCUGGAUAACGGUGGAAAAAGCGAUUUAUCAGGGCAAAUUAUGCCCCAUGUCACCCAGUCUGAAGGGGGUUUGGACAGACUGUUAAAAUGUUUGGAUCUCGGAACGCUGUGGGAGAACAGAGAUGUGCUAUUUAUCCAGUUUAGUACUUUUUAUCAUGUUUUACUACAACAAAAGUCCAUUUUACACCGGAGUUCUCCUUUAAGGUGUUCACUCUCAGGUUGGUACCAUUACUAAUCCUAAUCCUUCAUAAAGACACGACAGCUAAACAAAAGCUCCACAGCCUCCUACUUUUACCUCAGAGGAAUGUCAGCAGCACAAAGCCGACUGGGAGUGUGUUUUAUUUCUUAUAAUCAGUCUGUAAACAGCACACAGGGAUAGAGUUCCUCCUGUGCUUUAUUUAGUGCUGAGUUAAAGCUCUAUCCAGAGCGUUCCAGCAGUCCCGCAGGAGAUCAGCGGAGACGUCAGGUAGACCUGAUUACAUUUACAUCAGAAUGAGCUGACCUGCAGGCUUCUCCUGAUCACGAGGAGAGUGGGGUGGUGGAGGUAAUGGGUGAGGAGGUGGAGGAGGUGGAGAUGAGUAGUGAAGCAGACUGUGUACAUCAACAGAAACAGCGUACGUUCCUGGGAGAUCACUCCUGGCAGCUCCUGGCACUCCAGCUGUUUUUGUCCUUCAGCCGUGAAGCUCUGAGCUGAGGAAGUGGGGGGAAGUAAAGAGGCCGGGGGUACAUGAGGGGGCUUUUCCCUCUCUUUAAUCGUCUCCUUUUGGAUGAAAACUGUCGGAUUUCCUUAAUACACCCGUCUCUCAAUGUAAACUCUCUGAUUUUUAAAUCAACAAACUUGUAAAAUUGCACAUUUUGAGGUUGACGGCAGAUGUAAGAUGAAAAGAACAACAAGAAUUUGAUAGGUGGAAUAGAAUAAGAUAUGAGACUUUGACACAGUAUAAAUUAGUGUCCAUAGUGUCAAUAUUUUGUGUCACUAUCAUUAUUUUACCAUUGGAAUCCUUUUCCACUCCUCCAUGAGGACAUCAUGGAGCUGUUUGGUGUUAGACACCUUGUGCUCCUCCACAUUCUUUUUGAGGAUGCCCCACAGAUGCUCAAGGUAAAGAUAAAGAGGCCGGGGGAACAUGAGGUGGGCUUUUCCCGUUCUUUAAUUGUCUCCUUUUGGCUGAAAACUGUCAGAUUUUCUUAAAACACCCGUGUCUCAAUGUAAACUCUCUGAUUUUUAAAUCAACACACUUGUAAAAUUGCACGUUUUGAGCUCGACUGCAGAUGUUAAUAGGUGGAAAAGAAUAAAACCUUAUGGGAAACACUUUACAAUAAGUAUCACAGCUAACAAUAUUCACCACAGUAAUUGUCGUAAUUGUUAAAGCUUUAGUAAUGUCAAAACGAAUUAUUAAUUAUUAUUAUUAUUAUUAUUUUAUCCCAUGUCUCCGCUCCUAUUGCUCCCCGGUUCAUUUGUAGCUCCACCCCCGUGUUACCUGGGCCCAGGUGUUUCCCAUUUCCUGUCCGGUUCCAUGUGUAUAAAUUGUUCUCCUUGUUCUUGUGUUCCUCUUCUGUGGUUGUACGUCUAACAUCUUAUGUAUAUGUAAUUUAAACCGUCUUACUGUGUUGCUGUAUAUAAUUGUAUAUAAUUGAAUACACCAUUAAUAUAUAGCUGUUAUUUUUUUAACCGAGGGAAAAAAAGGAAAUAUUUUGUGAAUUUGAAUUUGGGUGUGUAUGUGUGUAAGUGUGAGUGAAAGUAUAUUCAUGAAAGUGUAAGUUACUUAUUUACAUUACCUUUCAUUUAAAGUGUAAAGUAUCAAAAAUCCACACUUUUAUUGUGUAAUGUUUUAGUAUAAAAUAUUGUAUACUACAAUAAUGCACUGUACUGAUGUAUAUUUUCUUAAUUACAU